AUGGUAUGGAAUUGUCUCCUGUGGGCAGACGAAGACGACUCUUUCCAUCAGGCUGAUGAACUGGAGCUGCAUGUGCAGCUGCACAUCAGCUGCGAUAGCCCCCAGUGUGCGUAUAUUCGAUGGACUUGGGUCUUGGGCAAUGUGUCCGUACCGGUGGAGGCUCUGCUGAUGCAGGACAGGUCUUCCCUCUUCGAGAGCGAGCCACAGGCGGAUGCAACUUACAGUUCCAAAUCUCGUUUACGAGCUGGAUCACGUAGACUCGGAGAGGGCGACUGGUGA